CGCCAGGAACGCUGGGAGUUGUAGUCCUUAUUCACUUUCCCGGGAAGAGCGGAGGCUUUGGGCCCUAGGGCGAAGGCCCGGAAUGGCGGGAAGGGGCUGUGUUUUCUGAUUGGCUGAGGGUCCCGCGGCCGGCCGUUGGAGCGGGGAAAAACUGUGGAGAGCUCGAGGCUGUGGUGGGAAUUGGGCUUUCCUCAGACUUGAGGCGGGGACAGACACAUUGGAAGGGGACGAGGAACCCAGGGUGUGGCUGAAGGCUUCUGAGAGAAGCUAAGGGGGAGAAUUUAUGGAUCCAGUGAACUGUCCCAGGGUCCCCAAAGGCUUCUGAAUAUGGACGGAUCUAUGAGGCCAAGAUUGAGCUCCCUCGGUGACUUUCAGUUUGGGGCUGUUGCCACAGAAACUAUUGAAGACGCCCUGCUUCACUUGGCCCAGCAGAAUGAGCAAGCAGUGCAGGCGGCUGGGGGACGCAUGGGCAGCUUCAGGGAGACCCGGAUCGUGGAGUUUAUUUUUCUCCUGUCUGAACAAUGGUGUUUGGAGAAAUCUGUGAGCUACCAAGCUGUAGAAAUCCUAGAAAGGUUUAUGGUUAAGCAGGCAGAGAACAUCUGUAGGCAAGCUACAAUCCAGCUGAGGGGUAAUGAGAAGACAGAGUCUCAGAAUUGGAGGGCUCUGAAAGAGCAGCUUUUCAAUAAGUUUAUCCUUCGCCUGGUGUCAUGUGUUCAGCUGGCCAGCAAACUUUCCUUCCACUACAAAAUAAUCAGCAACAUUACAGUCUUGAAUUUCCUCCAGGCUCUGGGGUAUCUAUACACUAAAGAAGAACUGCUGGAGUCAGAGCUUGAUGUUUUGAAGUCCCUGAACUUUCAAAUCAAUCUACCCACUCCCCUGGCAUAUGUAGAAAUGCUCCUAGAGGUUUUAGGAUACAAUGGUUGUUUGGUCCCAGCAACACAGCUGCAUGCAACCUGCCUGACCCUGCUUGACCUGGUCUAUCUUCUACAUGAACCCAUAUAUGAAAGUUUGCUGAGGGCUUCAAUUGAGAACUCUACGCCCAGUCAACUCCAAGGGGAAAAGUUUAUUUCAGUAAAGGAAGACUUCAUGCUGUUGGCAGUAGGAAUCAUUGCAGCAAGUGCUUUCAUCCAAAACCAUGAGUGUUGGAGCCAGGUUGUGGAACAUUUGCAGAGCAUCACUGGUAUUGCUUCGGAGAGCAUUGCUGAGUUCUCUUAUGCAAUCCUGACUCACAGCGUGGGAGCCAACACUCCAGGGCGACAGCAGCCUGUUCCUCCCCACCUGGCAGCCAGAGCUCUGAAGGCUGCUGCUUCCUCUAACACAUGAUGCAGGCUGAAUCCACCAAAUAUAAACAGCCUUCCAUCACUGUACUCAUCCCUCCCUUUGUUUACUUUCAUACUCAGUGUACAAAAGUUCCAAGUCUCUUUUGAACUGUA